ACGGUCCGCACUCGGAGACACACUUCUGCUACCGCUCCACGUGACUGAGCGGGCUGUUUGAAUAACGGUAGUGACGUCACGCGAGUCGCGAAUGGACGUUUGAAGCAGAAACAAAACCAUGGAGACGUGUUAGCUGUUGGCGGAUAACUUCAGGGUUUCUGAAUUUAUUCUUAUUUACGUAGUGUGAAAUUUUCCUUUUUAAGACAUGAUCCUUCUUUUUAACAUAUCUUAACGGGAUUUUAUUUCGACAAUUGUCUUCAGAGUUAGGUGGCCAACUGCAUGUCAAGUUAGUUUACUGAUUGUUGUUUUGGUGUUAGCCAUUAGCCGGCUUGACCGAAAACGGAAACCUGCGCGCUAACUGUCUUAACAUGACCCCUAAUUUCGUGACAAGCGUGUGAUAACCUGCCUGGGCUCAUGUUGGCGGAAGGCUGGGACGCCAGCGCCUUAGACGAGCGGGCGAACAUGAGGAGGAAGGUGGACAAAGUGGGCCGGUUGAGGCUGAGCCCGAACGAGGAGGCACGGCUGAUCAGAGAGGAGCAGGAGAGGAGGAGGAGGCUUAGGCUGCAGCAGGUGCGGGAGCAGGAGCGCUUCAUCGCAUUGCAGAUCCGCAAGGAGGUGCGGCAACGCCGAGACUGUGAGCUCCAGGGGCUGGCUGAGGAGCUGAGGGGGGAGUGGGUGAGGCAGCAGGAGAAAAGGGUUCAAGCCCUGCAGGAGCUGUAUGAGGAGAGCCGCGGGGCUGUGGGAGAAAGCUACAGGAGUGCCAAGGAAAAUGAACCAGACUGGGAGGCACUGGUGCGGCAGGCAGGGGAGAAUCAGGAGCGGGCAGAGCGACGACACAGGGCAGCGCUGACGGAGCUCAGGUGGCAAAGGGAGCGACAGCAGGAGGAGCAGUGCCGCCGUGCCGAAGCCCGGAAGAGGGCCAUGCUGACAGAGAAGGAGAGGGCAGCCAAGGUGACCAGCCUGCCACCCCCACCACCAGACCCCAUUCAGAAUGUGGAUUUGAAGCGCCCCCCUGUGGCGAAAGUGCCCAGUGCAGCUAGAUACUCUGUCACACAUUACCAUCUACCUGAGGCGACUGUGGAUUGUGAAGUGAAUGUUGAUCAGCGCGAUGCCCGGCUUGCAGCAGCAGAGGAAGGGCGGCGCCUAGCGGCACGAGAUCAGGAGGAGGAGCGAGAGCGGAGGGAAAGGCAGGAGAAGGCUCGUCUUAGGGGGGAGUGUGCUUUGAGGAAGGAGCAUCUCGCACAGGACCGUGAGCGUUUGCUGCAGCAGCUGGACCGCCUGCAGCAGGCCGACCUGCUUCGUCGCAGGCAGCAGCUGGCGCACAUGGCCCUGAACAUCUUUCAGCCACCCCACCGAAGGCAGGAGAUGGCAGAGGAGAGGCAGUGGGACUUGGAGACUGCCUUUGAGGACCUGUAUGCGGGAGAGAGAGGAGUGAAAGGAGAUCAGGUCCUGCAUCUCGUACCAGAGCCUCUUCCCGCCACGUCUCUGGGCAGCCAGGACGAGGAUCUGGAUGUGACCCUGGAGCCCAGCAUAGAGGAAGCGACGGAUAGAGAGGAGAGCCAGCCUGCAGUUCCACCUGCAGAAGAACAAGCUCAGCCUUCUGAAGCGCCCCCUAGAGACAUACUGAAGAAGCUUCUGGAAAGGAUUCGGGCACAGAGGACCCGGCAGGGCAGCCGGAGUGGGAGCGGGAGUGAGGUGACGGCUGGGGACAGCGUCACUAUGGAGAGUGGCUCGCUGAGCAGCGAGAACAGGGAGCAGGCCCGGUCCGCAAGUCCUACACAGAUCACUGAACCUGACCCCCAGCCAGCCGCUCAAGUUCCAGGUCGUGAGGCGACAGAGGACUCCAGUGUUGCAGAAACCCUGCGGCAUCACAGGGGUGCGGCAGUGCAGGCAGAGAGGAGGAUGCGGGAGGCUGAGCUGGAGCGGCAAAAACAGGAGCAGCUGAAGCUUUUGGAGGACCUGGAGGAGCAGCGGCGCGGCCUGGAGCUCCAGCUGAGGCAGGCGCGCCUGUCAGCUGAGGAUUCUGGGAAAUUUGGUCCAGCCGAGUCGCCUGCUGACUUCACUGAAUCGCAGCAGCCGAGUACGGGCCAGGAAAGCCAGCCGAUUGCUGCCCAGGAUGCGCGUUCCAGGAGAAUCCGAGAGCAUCAGCGGCGUCUCCUGGAACAAAACCGGCUGCACCAGCAGUCGGUAGACCAGGCCCGCCGACGUCUGGAGGAGUACCAGGGCCUGCUGAAGAUGAAGUACCCCAGCAUGGGCUUGCAGGCCACACUCCCCCUCCCUCCACGGGGGGGCCUCUCUGCUCUGACCGCCCCUCCUGCCACCCUCAUCUCGCCUCUCCCCUUCCCUGGCGUAUCACAGGACUGUCGGACGCCCACUCCCCCACUCGUCCCAGACACUAUCUCUCAGAGCGAUCACCCUGAGGGUGCUCUUUCUGAUCUGCCCACACGAGAUUCACCUUCACCCGCGUCUGAGAUCGCGCUCCCCUCCCUCAUUGAUGGGCAGCCCGCCCGGACCAUUUGGCCAACCGGGUUUAUGGCAGUACGUACGGGGGGCGGUCUGGAAGCCAACUUACUAGUGCCGGAAUACAGAGCCGUGGUGGCCCCACAGAGGUUGGGGCGCUCACAACUGCUGGGGGAGAGAGAGUCUGUGCCUGACCAGACCCCCCCACUCGACACACCCACACAAGAUAAACAGGAGCUUGGGCAGAGCCAUGUCGUCCAGGGGCCCCGGGGACAGACGGGCCAGACAAUCAUGGAGUGGGCAGGGGCUCCGCAGCCUGCUGCCGCCCUUGACCAGCAGGAGGCACUGGGGGGCGCCCUGCUCCAGCAGCAGUCGUUAGAGCAGAUGGCACUACAAGAGGACCGUGACGAAGAGGACGAUGAAGCCCGACUCUCCUGGGCACAGCUCUCCUCGACCCUGAUGUCUGCCUCACUGGAAGCCGUGCAGAAGGGCACCUUCGACCCCACGCACCUCAAUGGCGACGUCCUUCCCACCCCCUCAUCCAGCACUGUCUCUAACUCUGUGACUCACAGAGACCUCAAGAGCGCCCCCUGUCUCCACACCCCCAAGCCGCCAGUGGCACGGCCCAGACUGGGCAUCCUGGAGAUGAUCGAGCAGCACGAGCUCAGCGCAAUCCAGGAGGUCGAGACGCCAGCCAACGGCAGCCUGGCCACAGUGGGUAGGGAGUCACCGGAGAAAUCCUUCCCCAUAACAGAAGAAGCCAGGGAAUUGGAGGGUUUGUCCCACACAGGGAGGAGGAUCUACGCCGGUCCUGCUAGAGGCUGGGGGAGCUCCUCGUGUCCGACCGGUACCAGCUCUGUCCGGCGCUCGUGGAGGGAUUGGCUUCAAAUGGAGGCCGGCUUGCAGCUGCAGCCAGAUCCUGCACCAGCUCGCGUGCCCACGGAUGGCCCAUGUCCACCAGAAUACCGACGAGCCGCUGACACGGGCGCCGAUGUGAAGUGCGGGGGUGUGCUGCUGCAGGGCCCCCCCCAGCCCCCUGUGUUCAGCAGCUCUCCUUCGUUGGUGCGUCUCCACACUGACCCAGAAUUCUCCACCUCCAUUUCCACCGGAAGCUUCUCCACCACCGAGCCAGAUCUGAGUUCCGGUGGAACGCCCCCCUGUCUCUCCGCUCCCGCUUCCCGGCUCGCCCCGGAGGUCUCGCUUGGAAAUUCCGCAAGCAUCUCACCUGCUUCCUGUGGAUCCAUCUCACACGACUGCAGUGUCCAGCGAAUCAUUGACAAGUACAUCAAGGAGCUGAAUGAUUCCCUGUUUCUGGUUGGAAGCUCCUCAGUCCCACUUUCAGGGAGAUCUGAUUUUGAUCUGCGGGAGUCUUCAUGCUUUAUGUCCCUGCCUGGGUCCCGUAGCCAGCAAAACCUGGUGCGGGUCUCCGGAGCCGCCGACUCGGAGCAAACGCUCCGGAGCCAGGGCAGUCUGCAGGAUUCUAGCAUCUCCACACCGGGCCAGAUGCUCUGUGACAGCUCGUCUUCGUACCUUCAGGAAGCGCACGACGUCGGCUUGGGAAGCGUCUCUCACAGCUCGUCCAAUCGUUUUCUCCCACUGGAGCCUACGCUUGAUUCAGACUCUUCGUCAUCCUCUUCCUCCCAUCGCCAGGGGGUACCGAGGCAGAUACAGAGAGCUGAGGAGUGGGACUCCGCCAUGCGCCGGAUCAUCCAGCAUCUCUCGGAUCAUUCGUCGUCUCAGUGCCAGGGGGAGGGAACGGACUCGCGUCUGAGCCUGCUGAUUAGCCAGCUUCUCAGUCAGUCGUCCUCCUGGCUGGAAGGGGAUGCUUCUACUAGUCGGGAGAAUGUCACAGCAGGUGGGUGUGGUGUCCAGUCCCUGCUGCCGGCAGAUACUGACUCUACAGGGCCCCUGGAAACAAGCGGCGAUGUAAUCCGACCUGAGAGCUGCAGGCCUGAGCACUUUCCCCUGGUGGAGGAUUCCACUCCAGAGCAUCGGUACGGUGAGGGGCUUCAGCCCGACCUACAGGGGCAGGACACUGUUUUACUGGGGGAAGCUACGUCAGACUCUUUCCACCCGCUAUUGGCUGAGACGACAGCCAAUGAGACAGCUGAGCAGUCGCUGUCCUUUCACCCUCCCUCCAAGAGCUCUGUGGUGUCGCGAUCUCCUGACCCACACUGGGAUCUGGAGCUGUCCCCUGAGUGUCUGAGGAAUGAGUCGGCGGGCACCUCCCAGUGCUCCCCGCCACCCCUGUGCGGCUCCAUCCUGCUGGCCUCCCCCCGGAGCUCUGUGUGCGACCUGGCUCUUGCGGAGGACUGCCCCCCACAGCCCGACAGCCCCCUGAGCCAUGACCUGUCCACAGAGAGGGGACACUUGUGCAAGCAUGACUUGGGCGAGUGUGACUCCCACAGGACCUUCAGCCCCCAUAUCCCAGAUGCUCAGGAACCACAGGAGAAUCUCGUUUCUGGGUCUGGGCUAACCUUGCCCAUCUGGGACAGAAUACUGGAGACGGACCAGGAGAGAGGGAUCCUGGAGGAACCCGAGCUGACGUUGGUGAGCCUGGGAGAGACCACCCUGCAGGAGGAAGGGGUGGAAAAGGAGUGGACCACGGAGGUGGAGGAGGAGUGUACACCCUUCAUGCUGAAUCAGGCCCGACAGACCUGCAAGGUGGCUGGAGAUGACAGCAACUCGAAGGCUGAGUCAGAGACGUCCCACGCAGUCGCGCCGCUGCAAGCCCAGGCGUCCGGGGGCACCUUGCAGGAGCUCUUUCUGCAGAAGCGGCAGGACUUUAUCCGCAAGUCAACCCAGAGGCAGGAGAAGCUGAAGGCCAGGAGAAGCGCAGAGAUGCAGGCGCGCGCCGACCGGCCCGCACCCACGAAGGGGCCGAGGGUGAAGCCCCCGCAAGACCCCGCCAGUGACGUGGCGCCCAGAGCAGCUGGACUUGAGCUGAAGAAGGUGGCAGAAGUGACCGUGUUCGGCGCAGAGCAGAGGAGGGCAGCGGACGCAGAGAUGUACCAGAGAACGGAGAGGUACCGGCAGCUCUCUCUGCUGCCAGCUUCCCCUUCGUCUCUGUUAUAUAACAAGCUGGAGGAGGUGAGGCGGCACAAGGAGGCCAGCAUGCGGCAGGAGGCCUACGCCAAAAAUAGGGCCAGGGCCAAGGAGUUCCACAAGAAAACGCUGCUGCAGCUGAGGACACAGCGCCUCCCGGUGUGAGCGAUGCUUUUAGCAGCUUUCUAAUCCGUGCUUUUGUCCUUGAAAUCAGUGUCUCUUACUGUUUAAUAUUUCCAUGUACAAUUUGUUCUAAUUAAAUUCUCAUAGAUAUAUCUAAA